UGUUUUCUAGGGUUGAUGCUCUUCCAUGGCCGGGUCACGCAACACUUACUCGUUCCCCACGCUCGAGCGGAAGGAGAUCCUCAAGUGCCUGGCGCAGAUCGGCGUGACCGACCUCUCGGAGGAGAAUCUGGUAAAGCCGUCUAGGGAGAUCAUCUGGCCGCUAUACGAGAAUCUGGUGCAAUACCUUGUGGGAAUCCCCAGGAAUGAGCUCCAGCAGCCCGUUCUUGGCGCCUUGGAUUGCGUGCGGCAUCAGGAGCUCUAUGCUGAUUCAGUCGGGACUCUGGCGUCAUUUCGUGCGAUUUCCAAGCUCAUGCAUGCCGCUGGUGUGGAUGAUUUCGGAACCAGGGAUAUUUUCAGGCCGGAGCCGGCUAGAACAGUCCAUGCGCUGAGCGCUGUGAUCAACUUUGCAUACUUCAGAGCGGAGAGGGAACUUCCAGAUACCGAGACUGAGCUUGUGGAUAGAAUCCAGCAAUUGGAAGAAACCAGGAUACAGCUUCAAAACGCAAUUGCUCAAAACGAGGCAGAGCGAAAAGCUGAGGAGCCUCAAGUCCAGAAAUUAUCCGUGGAGGCGAAAGAACUGGAGCAGAAAAUCUACGCUCUCAACAAACAACAGGCCGUGUUGCAAAGCGACAUACGCGGGAUCAAAGAGGAGCUGAAUAAGCUGACUGAAAAGAUUGUAAGCGAGAAAGCCUCUGUUGCUCAAAUGAAACAAGAGGGGUUCCAGCUGCGGACACAGAUUGUACAAUCUCCCGACAAGCUUCGGAAAAUGCUUGAAGACAGGAGGGCGGCUGUUCAGAAUGCGGAAGCUGAGGUUGAAUCGGCCCGUCAAUCUGUUGUCAAAUGGAAGCACAAGUACGAGGCAUACACAAAAGCGAAAAGGAAAGUGCAAAAAUGCCUUGAUAUGAUGGACUCGCUGGACAAGCAGGGGGCUCUUCAGAAGAAAAUGGUGAAAGAUUCGAAGGAGAUGAAGAUGAAACUUAAAGAGAAUGAAGAGAAGCAUUCAGUUAUCAGUGCGCAGCUGGAAAAGCUGAAAAUCGAAGGCCAGCAUUUUCACAAUCUACUGGAGAAGCUAGAUUCGUCCUUCGACGUCAAGUGCCAGGAGGCGGACAAGGAGCUUGAAGAUUUCAGGUUGCAAAAUGCGCCUCUGAUUGAUCAACUGGAUAAACAGGAAGAGCAAAUCGCGAGAAAGCAAGACGAGGUGGAAAUGAUCACAAGUAACUUAAACGAGGCUCGGUCGAAGAAAGAAGCCGGGCUCAAGGCCUUACAUGACGAAGUGGAGCUGAUACAAAACGAGGUUCUGAGAUACAACGAGGACUUGAUGAAAGUGAUUGAGUCCUCCAAUGGACGUUUCGUAGAAUGAGUUACCCACAGUAUGACGCGCGGUACCGGCGCACAACCCAACGCCACUAGAGGCGUUCCAGCUAUGCGUUCACGUUGACUAUUUUGACCGGACGGUUGGAAUGCGCUGACCAAAUGUUUUUAAGCGCCAUUUGUCUAAAAAGUAGGUUUAUAGUUGCGAGCCAAAACCAAAAGGAUUGGAGAUUUGUUUACCAGUGUCACGUUUUAAGCGCAUUCUCAAUCUAACUCCAUCCAUCUCGUGAAA